GUAUCUUUAUACGCUGACGACAUAUGUUUCUGGUCAUCGAGCAAGUCUUUAUAUAUAAACAGAGCCAGGCUACAAAAAGCCCUCAACAUUGCCGCACGGUACCUUAGCAGCCGAGGCUUGUACAUAUCACCAGAGAAGUCUGCGGCGUUGGCGUUUACAAUGAAACAAACAUACAGAUACCCCAUUAACUUAGAAGGAAUCCCAAUCCCAUAUGUCUCCGAACAUGCAUUUUUGGGCGUGACUCUCGAUAGGCAAAUGACGUGGGGACCCCAUAUUAAACGGUUAAAGAAAAAGCUCACCUCGUUUACACAUAUAAUCAAAAUGAUCAGUGGAACCAGAUGGGGAUGCUCUGUAUCGGCGCUGAUGGCUCUGUAUAACGCUCUAUUUGUCGGUCUUAUGCGCUACAGUUUGCCAGUCAUGCAACGUGUCUCGCGGUCUUGUUUUAAAGAACUUGAAAGCGCGCAAGCUCAAGCACUUCGUGCCUGCUUUGGAUUGCCAAAACGUACCUCCACCUCUGGAACUCUGGCGGAAUCUCGUGCGAAAUCUCCCGCAAUAUUAAGGACGCAAGAAACACUGCGAGCUCAUCUACGACACAAAACCAGAGUGUAUAAACACCACCUGGUAGACAUUGUCAAAUAUAGACCAUCAUCUGGCUUUGCGCAAGUUAUUAUGGUACUAGAAGACUAUAUGCCAAGUUCAAUUGAGGCAGCUGCGAUUCCACAAUAUCCACCUUGGAAGUACCCUCACUUGGAAAUAAGAACAAGCAUACCAGGAAUCACUAAAAAAAAUUCAGCUCCUUCCCCGGUAAUUACACAGAUAUCUCUCGAAUAUAUUCAAAGAACUUACGAGUCAUUUACUCAUAUCUACACCGAUGGUUCUACAAUUCCCACAUCUUCAGCCCUGGGGGUAUACAUUCCAUCCACAGCCACAUACAUAAAGGCUAAACUAAGCCACGCCACCUCAUCAACAGCGACAGAACUAGCAGCUAUUCGUGCAGCUGUUGUACACGCGGGCACUGAAAGCCCACGAUGCUGGGCAAUACUUGUCGACUCCAGAUCUGCGUUGUACGCUCUAUCUUCGAUAAGAAAAGACAACAUUAACUCACAACUAGUCCAUGAUAUUUUACAGGCUAUUCAGUAUGCAUCGAAUCGAGGACAUCACUUCAUCUUGCAGUGGAUACCGGGCCACUCCGGGAUAAUUGGAAACGUGUGCGCCGAUAGAGCCGCUAAAGACGCCCACGAGAGCACAAUUUCUGUAUCUAUUCCGUUUUCAAGAUCUGAUGCCAAUCAUUUAAUCAAAUCUAUCGGAAAUGAAAUCUCACUAUCUUUAUGGGAAAAUCCACAAUAUCACUAUUACAGCCUUCAUCGUAUUGAUCCUAAACUCGAAUUCCGGAUACCACGAGGACUACCAAGGAAACUUGAGACGGUGUUACAUCGUUUGCGGCUCAAUGUUGCAUAUACUAAAUAUUAUCUUCAUAAAAUUGGCAAAGCUGAAUCUUCCGAUUGUUCAUCGUGUAGAACAAUUCAUAACAUCGAACACGUCCUGUGUGCCUGCGGGGAUUACAGUAUUGAAAGGACCGCACUGAAGACUCGCCUGAAAUUAAAGGAAGAGGACCAGGUGGACUUGAAGCUUCUGUUUGGACCCUGGCCUUCCACUGCAGACAGUUACAAGGCCACUGAAGCUCUUUUACAUUUCAUUAAGAAGACACAUCUUCAACAAACACUUUAAGGAACUGCAGUCCAGUGUGCUGCAAA